GGUCUUUCUUCCUUUGUUACGACACCAUGUGCCAAUACUCCAAUGAUAAGUACAAAGACUAUACAGCUCAAGUAGGAUGGGUAUCUAAUUACUCGGGGUUCAAGGGUGUGGUGCUGAAUUAUUGUAGCUAUAUCAGUAAACAUUAACGCAGCCAUACCUCCCCAGGUGCUACGAGCAUCUUUGUUUGAAUAUCUACGUGUUUUAGAUGAUAUCAGUUUCAUAGCGCUAUGGCAGUAAUUACCCCCAUGAACGGCCCGAAUAGCGCCAAUACUAAAAAGGUCUGGCUCAUCACAGGAUGCUCUUCAGGGCUGGGCCACUCCAUCGCAGUCGCUGCCCUCAACCGAGGCGACAUUGUUGUUGCUACAGCGCGCGAUGUAUGCAAGCUGUCCUCGUUAUCCGAGCUUGGGGCCCAGACAAGGAGCCUGGACGUGACGUGGUCUGACGCUGAGAUCUCUCAAGCCAUCGCAGAUUUCACCCUGAGCACUUAUGGCCGUAUCGAUAUCCUCGUCAAUAAUGCUGGAUACAUCCUCACCGGCGGGGUCGAAGAAUGCAGUCACGACGAGGUACAAGCCGUGUUCAAUACCAACGUGUUCGGCCAGCUGAACAUGAUACGCGCUGUGCUGCCGCUUAUGCGUCGACAGCGCUCUGGUGUCAUCGCGAAUCUGGGUAGCAUCGGCGGGUGGCAUGGCACGCCCGGUGCCGGACUCUACUGUGCGACUAAGGCAUGCGCGUCGCUCCUAUCGGAGUCUUUACGUAGCGAGGUCGCACAUCUCGGGAUAAAGGUGAUGGCCAUUGAGCCGGGAUACACACGUACAGAAUUCCUAACCCCAAGUCGUCGCAUGCGUGCCGCCAAAGUGAUCCCCGAUCUAGCUGAGGGUAUCGAACCGACCAUCAAGGCACUCGACGCUUACAAUCUUAAGCAACCAGGCGACCCCGACAAGGCCGCGCAACUCGUCGUUGAGGCGCUCACAGAGAGCGGUCGGUGUGUUGGAUAUGAACUCCCACAGAGGUUAUUGAUUGGGGAAGACGCGUACAAGAUAGUAAGGGGACAUAUAGAGGCACAUCAGAGUGGUUGGGAAACCUGGGAGAAACUGGCUACAAGGACUAAUCAUGAUGAUGUAAAAGUUGAUAGCUCAUCAGCCUAAAGGGCAGUGAGUGGUAGUGUUAUUAUGUUCUAUUCGAUUAGCAGGCAAAAGGUGAAAAGAAAUAAGCAUUCGAUCAAGAAUAGUGGUAGGAUUGCGUGCGAAGUCAAUCGUUUUGGCCUCGAAACUAACCUGUCUGGUCAAUAUAAACAUCAGGCAAACUGCAUGAGCACUACAUGUAGUGAGGUAGAUUUUCAGUAGCACAGGUGAGGCGCAG